UAGAACAGCAAAUUAUGGUAAUAUGGUAUAGCCUAGGGAUUUUUGAUACUGGUGAUUGGCGUGCUUGAUUUUUGCUUUUCACUCCAACUUGACAGGUCACAGCGGACCGGUUUUGACAGACAAAAACUAUUAACAUUGGUGGCUGUAUUUUUUGUGUUUUUGUGGAUACUAAAUAAUUUUAAAUUGUCUUCAAGUGAAAUAACUUGUUCUGCUAAUUUUUUAAAACUAGCAAGUAUUCAUGAACAGGUGAGCGAAUACGCUCAUUCUUUGUUUCAGCAGCUUCAUUGAAAAUAUUUGCAGGAUAGCAUGGAUAUGAAAAGUGAAUUGGAUUUAAGUGGCAAAUUAAUUAUUAAAGUUCAGCUAGGUGAUGAUAUUAGACGAAUUCCUAUUCACAACGAAUCUAUCACUUACGAUGAACUGGUUUUGAUGAUGCAAAGAGUUUUCAGGGGAAAACUCGCAUCAAAUGAUGAUAUUGUAAUAAAAUACAAAGAUGAGGAUGGAGACUUGAUAACUAUAUUUGAAAGUAAUGAUUUAGCUUUUGCUAUCCAGUGUAGUCGGAUAUUGAAGUUGCAAAUAUUUCUGAAUUCUGAUAUCAAUAAGAGUGAUUCUAGUGCUCUUAAGUCCAACGAAGUGUCUAAAAUUAAAAAUCAACUCAGGAAUAUCCGUGAUCAAGUCAACAAGUUAUUAGAUUCAAUAGAUACUGCUGAGCAUAAACCUAGGAAUGUGAGUCAUCAAGAUCAAGGGGAUGCAGCAAGUGUAGACAACAGUCAGGCAAGUACAUCAUUAAAUAAAGUGAAUUCCAGCGAAUUUGAUCCUUUACAGGAAAAGAAUCAAAAAAAUGGAACUGAAGAUGGAAAGGACCCCUCAAAGCCUCCUACUCCACAAGUUAAUAGUGAUGGAGGUAGCGGUGGAGGCAGCAGCAGUAGGCCACAGUCGGUCUCCAUGACGACCGCCCCUCAACAGCAACAGCCCCAGUCGGCCGUAACUUCUGCAGGCAAUCCUCACGGCACCAUGAGCGAUUAUUUCGGACGUUCGUCGACGGCAGCCAAUUUUCCAGGAAUGCAGUACAGCUCGUUGCCCUAUCCGCAGCAGUAUAAUUUUCCGACGUCAGCCGGUCGCUACGUGCCUCAGGUGAUGGACAGCAGCGGCGGGGGUGCUGCAGGCUACCCAGGGGGCGCGGCUGGCGCGCAGCCCUAUCCUCAGCAGCAGCAAUACGUGUAUGCUGGAGCUUCCGGUCAAGGGAAUCCCUAUUCCAAGGGUUUCACGCAGCCUUCGCCCCAGCAUGGCUUCAUGCCGCCUCGCCAGUAAGCGCCCCACACUAACGAAAGUUAGACUUUUUUAAGUCUUCAAGUAUUAGGACGUUAAGCGGAUAAGCCUUCAGCUGGUUUCCAAACGCACCAAAUUCGAUUAAUCAUCUUGUUUGAUGUUAUUGCGUUGGAACCUUAGGAUUUGGAUGGUUUGUUCGAAGUUUUAUGUGUUCUGUGAUGUUCUGGGAAACUAUUGCGUUGCUCAAAAAUUUGAUCCAUAGGCGUUGUAAGAAGAUUGAGACUGAUUUGUUGCCCAAAAUGUGCUUAGGAGGUAAAAACGUAAUUAUAAAAACAUGUCGGUACUUUCAGUUUACUGAUUAUAGUCAUUUGACUGUAAUGGACACACCUGCUGGGUAAGUUGGUUUCACUCACUGCAAUUAUAUGAUAUAAUAAUGGACAUACACUCAAAUUAUAAUGAUAAUAAGGAUAUAUUGUCUGCUGAUCACUUUUUGAUAUACAAGAACCCAGAAUAUAUUGGGUGUAUGGAAAUUGAAGGUUAAACCUAGUGUUUGACAAAAUUUUGCUCAGUUAAGUCUCGAGUUUUUUGAGAUAUACAGCAAUCAAUUUUUUUUAGCAAAAAUCAUCUAGUUAAAUUGUUGCUAUUUCUACAAAUAUCAAUCUUUUUGUGCCGAGUUAAUUUGAAUGAAAACCAAUUUGUACGUCUUACUUUGUCACCCUGUAGUUAUAAAGAAUAAAAUAGGAUCACUGUGCCAAAUACUUUGUUUUCUAACACUUUGCUGGCUAUUUGCUUUUAACAAUUUCCAUAGAAGAUCUUGUUUCUUGAAUAUACAGGGUGACUUCGAAGUUGAGUCAUUUAUUUUAACAGUGAGUAGAUCUGAUCAAAAGAAAUGUUUUUUUCCUUUAACAUUUUUCUGGUAAAAUUAAAGUAACAAAGUUAUCGCCCUUUAGAAGUUUGAGUACCGCCCUGUCUCAAUAAUAAUAUUAUGUGUUUGGCAACAACGGAUAUCGGUUCAUCGCAUCGGAAACAAAAAAGC